AUUGCUCACACUCGAAACUUAAACCCCAUUAUACAUAACUUCUCCUUGGAGGCAACUCUUACUUGUUUCAUGAGUUUUUCCCAAACCCUCUCUUUCUCUGCACUCAAAGAACAAGAGCUGCAGACUAUUCUUACUAAAACCCGCCUCCACCAUUUCCACUCUAUCAACCAAUCUAAAACAUGUCCAUGUCAUCUCAGCCACAACAGCCCGCCGGCGGCGUCGUUUACCCAAACACUGUCACAAGACCACCGCCCAAUUCCCCGUCAUCCCACUCGUCAGAUGGAUCGUUUGGGACGGUGUUCAUCGUCCUGGCUGUUAUUGUUGUUAUAUCAGCUAUAGCUUGCUGUCUCGGACGUCUCUGCAACCGACGCAAUCAGAAACACAAACCCCACAAACAAAGCCACAACUCUCAGCCCCGACAAGGCCAAGCGGGGAACAUGGAUUUCCAGCACUCGAUCUCGAAGCAGCAAAGCCACGGCUUUCGUCCCAGAGAAAGGGAAAGAGACAUAGAGUUUGGGUUCGAUAAGAAUAUUGCAGCUUCGAAACCUGCUGGGAAUGGACAAACCAGAGGCUUCAAACAGUUUGGAAAUGGAGACAUCAAGUUUGAACCCAAAGUUGGCGGUGUAUAAACAAUAAAUGGAACCAAAUGAGGAGCUAGCUUUAGUACGAGAUUUGACCUCCUCAGAUCAGAAGUAGUUAUUGUAUAACUCAUUUUUAAGCUGUUAUUUAUGUUUGUAUUAUGUAAUUAUUUAUUGAUUAUGAUACUCUGACAUCGUAUUCAUUAUAUCUUAUGAUAUAUUGUAAGGUUGAGAUGCAGAGAAUGUUAUUGCUUAAAAGUAUUAGUCAAUUACUUACUGCUCGUUUCUAAUCCUCUUGCAUAACAUGCAAUUCCUUAA